CCUCAGCCUCGGGCGGCCGGUCCGGCGGCUCCUCGCUGGGGUCCGCGGCGCUGCCCCCGCCCCGGCCGGGCCGCUCCGCCCCGAUGAGGCGCGGCGGCUGCGCGGCCCGCGGGAUCGCCGCUGCCGCCAUGCUGCCCAACACCGGGAAACUGGCAGGAUGCACCCUCUUCAUCACAGGCGCAAGUCGAGGCAUUGGCAAAGCCAUUGCUUUGAAAGCUGCUAAGGAUGGUGCAAACAUUGUGAUAGCUGCCAAGACAGCUGAGCCCCAUCCUACUCUUCCAGGGACUAUCUACACCGCUGCAGAAGAAAUUGAAGCGGCUGGAGGAAAGGCUUUGCCCUGCGUUGUUAAUGUGAGGGAAGAAGAGCAAAUUAUUAGUGCCGUGGAGAAAGCUGUGAAGACUUUUGGAGGGAUUGACAUUUUGGUGAACAAUGCAAGCGCCAUCUCUUUGACUGGCACUUUGGAAACAGCAACGAAGAAGGUCAAUCUUAUGAUGGAUGUCAAUGUACGAGGAACCUACCUUACAUCUAAAGCAUGCCUUCCCCACUUGAGGAAGAGUAAGAACCCCCAUAUCCUGAACCUUAGCCCACCUAUGAAUCUGAAUCCCAUAUGGUUCAAAAAUCACUGUGCUUAUACCAUUUCUAAAUACGGGAUGUCCAUGUGUGUCUUGGGAAUGGCAGAAGAAUUUAGAGGAGAAGUUGCUGUCAAUGCUUUAUGGCCUAAAACAGCCAUACAUACAGCUGCUAUGGAUAUGCUGGGAGGAGCUGGAAUAGAAAAACAGUGCAGGAAAACAGAUAUCCUGGCAGAUGCUGCAUACUGCAUUUUAACAAAACCAAAAAGUUUCACUGGAAAUUUCAUUAUUGAUGAAGUUCUGCUGCGAGAAGAGGGAGUUAAGGAUUUUGAUGUCUAUGCAAUUGCACCAGGUCACCCUCUGAUACCUGACUUCUUCUUGGAUGUUGAGAUUGACACUACAGCUGUGAAACAAAAAGGAUAUGGUGCUGCCCAAGCAUUGAAAGAGGAGAAGACGGAAUCUGCUCCAGCCAAGCCAUCCGGGCCUGUUGCAGAAACAUUCAGAGUUAUUCAGGGGGUCAUGACAGAAGAGAAUGUGAGAAGUACUCAGGGCGUCUUUCAGUUUGAAUUAUCUGGUGACGGUGGAGGCACGUGGUAUAUCGACCUGAAGAACAAGGGUGGGAGCACUGGCUUUGGAAAGCCCCCUGGGACAGCUGAUGUGGUUAUGAGCAUGUCGAGUGCUGACUUUGUGAAAAUGUUCACAGGUAAACUAAAGCCAACUAUGGCCUUCAUGUCAGGAAAAUUAAGGAUUAAAGGAAAUAUGGCACUAGCAAUGAAGCUCGAGAAGUUGCUUACACAACUGAACUCUAAACUGUAAGGGGAAACCCUUGCUAGAAGAACAGUGGCCUUUCAUAUAUAACUGCAAUACUGUUUUAAUUUGUAGUCCUCAUUUUUCUCUGAUGCAAUAUAAGAAAUACGGAUAAAAUGUGAGGUUUUUGUAGGAGAGGUAACUCCAUCUGAUUAAGGGAAGAAAGUGUUUGUGAUUAAACUAAUUGCUUCUCAAGAAUACA